CAGUUGCUAGGCUCUGGAGGAUGGAGGCAGGCCAAGGCGGCGAGGCUAUCAGCGAUAUUCACAACUACCUGGACACCUUCAACAAGGAGAUACAGACCGGUGACCAGGGACCCACCGCUGAUGUAGCACAAGUGUUUGUAGAUGAGUCGGGUCAGUACUUCUACCAGAAUGUUGACGGCAGCCAGCAACAGAUGGUGGUGGUGUCCUCCGACCCUGCUGAGGUCUCUGAGGGGGAGUCUGGGGGUGCUGAUGGCUCCUCGGUGAUGCUCACCCCAGAAGAGGACUCUAUGCAUGAGGAUGGGGACAGUUUGCCGCAGGGUCAGGUGGCGCUCGGGGAAGAUGGCACUCUGCAGGUCAUCCCCAGCAUGCAGCAGGGAGAGGGAAACAGUCCUGUUGUCCUCAACACAGGUGACAACAACCAGAUUGUUACCAUUGUGCCGUCAACCACCAACCCUGGUGAAGUGAGUUACGUCCUCAUCGUGGAGCAGUCUGGUGAGACUGACAAGGAUGACACUGUGUAUGACUUCAACGAGCCUGACGAGGGACUCAGCUAUGAGUCUGGGGAUGAGGAUGACAAGAAGAUGAUGCGUAUUAUUCACAAGAAGUCUCAAACAGUCACUCAGGCCCACAUGUGCAACUACUGUAACUACACCAGUCCUAAAAGGUACUUGUUAUCUCGCCACAUGAAGUCCCACAGUGAGGAGCGGCCACACAAAUGUUCAGUGUGUGAGCGUGGCUUCAAGACCCUCGCUUCCCUGCAGAACCACGUCAACACACACACUGGCAUUAAACCUCACCGCUGCAAGUACUGUGAAAGCACCUUCACCACCUCUGGUGAGCUGGUGAGACAUGUACGAUACAUCCACACCCAUGAAAAGCCCCAUAAAUGCCCUGACUGUGAAUAUGCCAGUGUGGAAUUGAGCAAGCUGAAGCGCCACAUGCGGUGCCACUCUGGGGAGCGGCCGUACCAGUGCCCACACUGCACCUACGCCAGUCCUGACACCUUUAAGCUGAAGCGCCACCUCAGGAUCCACACCGGGGAGAAACCGUACGAGUGUGAGAUGUGCCGCGCACGCUUCACCCAGUCCAACUCCCUCAAGGCACACAAGCUGAUACACACUGGCAACAAACCAGUGUAUGCCUGUGAGUUGUGCCCUACCACCUGUGGCCGCAAGACGGACCUGAGAAUACAUGUCCAGAAGCUGCACACCUCUGACAAGCCUCUCAAAUGUAAAAAGUGUGGCAAGGCAUUCCCUGACAGGUAUACCUUCAAGCAGCACAACAAGAGUCAUGAGGGUGAGAAAUGCUUCAAGUGUGACCUGUGUCCCUAUGCUUCUACCUCUGCUCGUCAUCUUGAAUCUCAUAUGCUUGUGCACACUGAACAGAAGCCCUACCAGUGUGACCAGUGUGACCAGCAACAUUUGAAAUUUGGCGUGUGCGGCGAUCCCGGAUACGGCGCGGGGCGCUGCUUUGGCCCAGCCAUAGCGUUCCGUCAGAAGCAGCUGCUGAAGCGGCACCAGAACCUCUACCACAACCCGGAGUACAUCCCACCCAUGCCCCGGGAGAAGACUCAGGAGUGCCCAGAGUGUGGCAAGGCAUUCAGGCACAAAGGUAACCUGAUUCGCCACAUGGCCAUCCAUGACCCUGACGCCUCAGCCCAGGAGAAGGCUCAGGCUCUCAAGAUAGGCCGCCAGAAGAGACUCCAGCUCAUCAAUGGGCAACAGGUGGAGAUGUACACUGGUGAAGUGGAUGAGGACGAGAUCAUGGCAGUGGAGGGUCAGGAUGGCAAUCAGUAUGUGGUCCUUGAGGUCAUACAACUCCAGGAUGGCGAGGGGCAUGUGAUGAUGUCAGACGGUAUCCCUGUGACCGACGGGCCCCUGGAUGGCACUGGGGUUGGGGGAGUCCUUAGUGCCUCCCCCCUCAUGGAGACCAUAGCUGGUGACCCCAUUGGCACAGACUCCAUAGGCACAGUGGACGGAGCUUGUCUGGUGCCGGGCUCGACGUUGCUGGAGCUGCAACACAAAAAGUCACCAGUGCUCAAGACGGAGGUGGUUGGGGGUUUAGAAGCCAAGAAGGAAGAGCAGAAGGAGAUGGAGACCUGCUUUGGCUUUGAUGAUGAAGAUGAGGGUCAGAUUCACCUGGAGUUUGGGGAGUGAUUAAAUAAAACAGCUUUGGCUUUCUGACUUCUCCUUCCACUGUUCCUCUUUAUCCUCAUCCUUCUUCUCAUUCUCUCUCACCUUUUCCUCUUUACCACACCCUCAUUGUCUUUUUUGUCAAGUGCUGUGUCCCUCCCCCUCACUCCUUGUAGUUUGCAUGACAUGAAGACCAAAAAUCCCUGCAAGUACUCCCCUUCCCGCUUUUGUGCCACAACGAAUUUGCCUCUGUGAGGUAUUUUUAUGAGCAGUGAAACUGGCACGGCAUCUGUGAACGCCUCUUGUUGUCUCUGUUUGUAAAUAAAUUAAAAUAUUGAGACCCACUGUUUUCCCAAUGGCUGGAGUCACUAAGAGAGACUUCACCAUUUUCCUGAUACCUGGAGAAUUGCUUCCAUGGAAAGACGUGAGAAUCAGCUGUUGGAACCUCGAAGAGUAUGUUGAGUUGUCUUCCUUGCACUAUCUUUUUGAGUUACCUUUCAUGCUCUGUGUUGGUCUGUCUUUGCUAGUCACCGCAGAUCUCCACAUGUGUCAUAUCACAGCAUUGUGAUUUGCUACCAUGGCCCAUGUCAACUUAUGAGUCUCCAGGGGUUGUGUUGUGUAUAUACAGUAAAUGAAACUGCCUCAUGGCUUGACUCCAUGGAAGACUUUUCAUAUAAGCUGAGAUUAUGAUUUUUUUGUUAUAUUUUUCAUAGCUUGGAUUUGUUCCUUGUAGUAUAUUAAGAGAGAUUGGGUAAUAAAAAUGUGCAAUGA